AUGAAGUCUUCUUGCGGUACAAGGCUCGCGUUCUUGGUUCUCUUUGUGGCACAAUCUGCGUGCGUCUAUGCGGGUAGCUUCCAUAAAGAUGUGAAUAUACAUUGGGGUCAUGGACGUGGAAAGAUUCACGACAAUGAAGGCAAACUUCUUUCUCUUUCGCUUGACAAUUCCUCUGGAUCCGGUUUUCAAUCCAACCAAGAGUUUCUUUAUGGCAAAGCUGAGGUUCAGAUGAAGCUCGUCCCUGGUAACUCUGCUGGAACAGUCACAACUUUCUAUCUUAAGUCCCAUGGAACUACGUGGGAUGAGGUUGACUUCGAGUUCUUGGGAAACAUUACUGGUCAUCCCUAUACUCUCCAUACUAAUGUUUACACAAAAGGCUUAGGAGAUAAAGAGCAACAGUUUCAUUUAUGGUUUGACCCAACGGCUGACUUUCACACGUACUGCAUCACAUGGAACCCUCAAAGGAUCAUUUUUACAGUUGAUAACAUUCCCAUUAGAGAGUUCAAGAAUUCCGAGUCUAUUGGAAUACAUUUUCCAAAGAGCCAACCAAUGAGAGUGUACGCGAGCCUUUGGGAAGCUGAGCACUGGGCUACAAGGGGAGGAUUAGAGAAAACAGAUUGGUCAAAAGCUCCUUUUACUGCUUACUAUAGAAACUAUAAUGUGGAAGGAUGUGUAUGGGCUCAUGGAAAGUCAUCUUGCCCCGCGAAUUCCCAUUCUAGAUGGUUUAAUAAGAAACUCGGUAAAGGAGGCAUGAAUAAAGUGAAAUGGGCACAGAGAAAGUAUAUGGUCUAUAACUAUUGCACCGAUAAGAAAAGGUUUCCUCGAGGUGUUCCAGCAGUGUGCACUUAAAGUACUAUUGAUUCGUGAAUAAGUUAAUUAAUUGGCAUUGUCUUUGUAACGCAAAAGAGUUUUUCUUUAAUUGUUGCUCAUAUAUAUGUGUGCAUGUGUAAGAUUUUUAUAUUAAUAUUGAACAAUAAAUUAUGGAG